AUGGGUAUAGUCGCGCGAACUGUGCACGAAAACGGGCGGCAUGUGCUAGGGGUAAUUCCCCACGCGCUCGUGCCUCUGGAGGUAUCUGGGCCGUCCGUUGGCGAGGUGCGAUUGGUUCGAAACAUGCACGAGCGAAAGGCGGAGAUGGCGAAAGCAGCUGACGCGUUCAUCGCUCUGCCAGGUGGGUACGGCACGCUAGAGGAGCUUCUGGAGAUGGUAACCUGGUCGCAACUCGGCAUUCACGACAAGCCGAUCGCCGUGCUCAACGCCAACGGCUACUUCGACUCGCUGCUCGCCUUUUUCGACCGCGCCGCGCAGGAGGGUUUCGUGAACGCGACGAAUCGUAGCAUCGUGAUGGCGGGUCGCACGGCCAAGGAGGUGCUGGAUUUGAUCGAAGCGUUCGACGCGGAUAGCCGAGGCGCGUUGCUGGCGAAGGAGCGGUGGCAUGGCAACGAAGGUUCGGGAUCUGGGAUUGAUGGGGUGACCAAAGAGGAGAUGGUGAAGGCUGUUGUCGAACCCUGA